CAGCGGCGGGCAACUAUUUGCCCGGGACACAUACGUGAGCCUCCUCAAAUUGGUGCGCUAAUCCUAAAAGGAGCCAUGAAGUGUUAAAUGGCAGAAAGAGGCAGAGCGGCGCUCAGACUCACACACGCCGGGAGAGAGGCUGGGAACACCGCUGCUGCUCCACUGCGUCACACCGAAGGGGAACACAUUAAAAAACACACCCAAACUUCUCUCCCAAAGCAAAGCAACGCCGCGCAAUUAGUGCGAGGAGCCUCACUGUACUUCUCGCCUUGAUUUUUUUUUUUUUUUUAAAUUUCCUCCGCUUCAAAUAAAUAAAGAAAUCAAGCUGGCUCAGUGCGUGUCUCAACAGCCCACUUUGACAGGUGCUCCUCAACCCCUUUGGAGGACUGUCAACAGCAAGAGGAUGGCAUCAGAGCUGGCAAUGAGCAACUCCGACCUGCCCACCAGUCCCCUGGCCAUGGAAUAUGUUAAUGACUUCGAUCUGAUGAAGUUUGAAGUGAAAAAGGAGCCGCUGGAGCCCGAUCGCAGCAUCAGCCAGUGCAGCCGCCUGGUCGCCGGGGGAUCCCUGUCUUCCACCCCGAUGAGCACGCCCUGCAGCUCGGUUCCCCCCUCUCCAAGCUUCUCGGCGCCCAGUCCGGGAUCAGGGAGCGAGCAGAAGGCGCACUUGGAGGAUUUCUACUGGAUGACCGGCUACCAACAGCAGCUCAACCCCGAGGCUCUGGGCUUCAGCCCGGAGGACGCCGUAGAGGCGCUCAUCAGUAGCAGCCACCCGCUCCAGAGCUUCGACGGCUAUGCCAGGGGGCAGCAGUUCGCCGGGGGGGCGGCCCCGGCGGGCACCAUGGCCGGGGAGGAGAUGGGCUCGGCGGCUGCCGUGGUGUCGGCGGUCAUCGCUGCAGCUGCGGCGCAAACCGGCGCGCCCCACCACCACCAUCACCACCACCACCACGCGGGGGCACACCACCCGACCUCCGGGUCCCAGUCCGGCGGCGGCGGCGGCGGAGGAGGCGGCGGCGGCGCAGGAGGUAACCACCAUCAUCACCACCACCACCCGCACCUUCGCUUGGACGAUCGCUUCUCGGACGAGCAGCUGGUGACCAUGUCGGUGCGGGAGCUCAACCGGCAGCUGCGCGGGGUCAGCAAGGAGGAGGUGAUCCGCCUCAAGCAGAAGAGGAGGACGCUAAAGAACCGCGGCUAUGCCCAGUCGUGCCGCUACAAGCGGGUGCAGCAGCGGCACGUCUUGGAGGGCGAGAAGACGCAGCUCAUCCAGCAGGUGGACCACCUCAAGCAGGAGAUCUCCCGGCUGGCCAGGGAGAGGGACGCCUACAAGGAGAAGUACGAGAAGCUCAUCACCACGGGCUUCAGAGAAAACGGGGGCUCCGGCAGCGACCACAACCCUUCGUCCCCGGAGUUUUUCAUGACGUCGAGAAAAUUCCUUCAUCUGUGAUAGAGAAUUUGGACUUCACCCUCAGUUAAGAUAUCCCUCCACUGGAACGAUGAUCUUUCAAGAUGGACAAACAGCACCCGGACUGCCAUAAAGCACAAGGUCUCAAAAAGCAACCCAACCAAUGGCGGCGUUAACUUCAAGACCCCCCCCCCCCCACUCUCAACCUACUCUUAACCCCUGCCAGUGUGGAAAAAAUACAGCAAGAAAAAAAAAUCUAAAUAGGAAGAAAACACACCAGACUGAAAUCCAUGACAUUUUCCGCUGAUCAAAAUGACAAAAAAAAUAAUAAAAAUUAUUAAAAGAAAGAAAAAAAACAACCUCCAAAUUGUAAUAAAGUCUUACCAGAGUGUAGUUUAUAAAUAAAUAGGUUGAUUCAUAUAGAAAAGUGUAGAAAAAAAAAUGAUGAGGUGAUGUCCAUACCCCUUUAGCACACGUCCACAAAUCAGGAUGUUGUAAAUAUUGUAUAGAAGAUAGGGACAUUAUUAAAAAAAAAAAAAAACAUUAAAAAAAAAAGUGGAAGUAUACUAUAUAGAAUCAUACCUCUGUGUGUUGCCAUGAGUUCCUCGUUGUUCCUUCAAACCCAACCCUAACACACACGUAGGAAACAGAGAAGAAAAAAAAGAAAAAAUGGAACUCUUUGACAAAAAAAAAUAUUAGGGCCACAAUGAAAAAGGAAAUUCAGAUGAAUAGCCUUUCAUUUUCUUCACAGUACCAGCGAAUUUUUUUGAGAAUAAAGUGGUAGGUCUUUCAAAACCAAUUCUAUUUAUUUAGAUAUCUUUUUUGCCAUGUGAAAUAUUGUAACUUGUGCUGAAGUGAAAGGUACUGCGACAUUCCUCUUUUAAUGCACCCUUUCCUGUCCCACUUUUUGCUUGUAAUAUUGCUACUUUUGUAUUAUAAUUAUAUUUUUUCUUUGAUACUUUGACUGUACUUUAUUAUUGUAAACUAUGACUGUCUCCAUUUUUUUUCUGGUAUUGCCUUGUUUAUUAUAACUUCAAUCUCAUACAAUUAUGGACAACUACGG